AUGGAGAAUGGAUUAGACUCUGUCAUCAGAGAAGGCAAAUGUGGACACGCUGGUCAUGUUCUUGUGAAUGAUGGUAAUGCAUACAACAAAGCAACAGGAACCUUUACAGCGCCUUCUGGUGGCGUAUAUGUGUUUACCUGGACAACAUUGACUGAUCCUGGUAAAGCAGCCCACCCAUACCUUAAAGUUAAUGGUACAUAUAAAGGAUUCACUGCAAUUAAUAAUACGCAGACAUCACAAAAUUUUUGGAAUGGCGGUUCCAAUACAAUUGUUGUCCGUCUCAAGAAAGGAGACAAGGUCAUCGUGGCUUCCGGGUAUCUGGCAGCUUAUGCAAGAGGAUCGUAUUCAUCGUUCUCUGGAUGGAAGAUUUAUUGA